CGGAACGAUUCCUUAAUUUAAGACUUAUGUCUUGUACCUGAAUUUAUUUAUUAAGGAAACAAGUCGUAACAUCGAACAGUCUUUAUUAAGCUUAGAAUUUAUUGUAAUAGUCGUUAAGCGCCUGAAGAAAAUUACGCGGCAAUUUGUUAAAUCGUUGUAAUUUGUAUUUGCUGAGAUCGCGAGGCGUUCGUCAUGGCAAACAAAGCGCACGUUAUUAUUAGCGUUCUUUUGCCUGUGUUCUUCUCUACUACAUGUGAAGCCAUCAAGUGCUUCGACUGCAACAGCGCAAACAACUCGGCGUGCCUGGACCUGCACCUGCCCAGGAUGAACGCCAUCGUCCCCGUGGUGGAUUGCUCGAAGGCGCUACCCAACAGCAUCAGCAAACAGUUCUUCUGCAGGAAAAUCACGCAGACAAUUCUCCACCCCGAACACACGCCAGAGGUCAGAAUAACCCGAGGUUGCGGCUGGGUGAAGCACAAACGCGAAUGCUACACCGCCGACAACAAGGACCAUCUUGAGACCGUCUGCCAGUGCUUCGGUGACAUGUGCAACGCCGCCGCAGCCCUACGAGACGUCAAACUGACAGCUGUCACCUUGCUCGCCGCCAUUUUGGUUUUUAUCAGAAGUUGGCGGGCUUGAACGAAGUGCAACGAACUUUAAUGAAAGUGUGUGUGGAAUUGUAUAACUUAAUGUUC